AUGGCUUUGAAUAGGAAUCACACGCAAAACGGCGGAGUUGUGAUAAACAACGGAGAAAGUGUUGUGAGGGACUGUAAGAAUGUGGAGCUAUCAUUCAGCGAUGUCACAUCCAAAACAGAUCUGCUGAGGGGGACCAAGAAGGGUACAAUUUAUCUCACACCAUACAGGUUGGUGUUUGUGUCCAGUAACACCAAGGACUGCCUGGGUUCUGCUGUGUUCCCUUACUACCUUAUGAAGGGUUGCAGCAUUGAGCAGCCAGUGUUUGGAGCCAAUUACAUAAAGGGGACGGUGUUGGCUGAACCAGGUGGUGGCUGGGAGGGCCAGGCACAUUUCAAGAUGACAUUUCCCAGUGGAGGAGCCAUUGAGGUGGGACAGCACCUCUUCAAACUGGCCACUAACGCUUCUCGUGCUGCUCCAGCCCAGAAUGGCGCUCCUGCUUAUGGUUACCCUUCACCUGGAGUGAUGAAUGGCUAUGGGCCACCUCCGACUGCUUCUAAUGGCUACCCCUACCCACCCCCUCCACAGCAGAAUGGAUUCUACCAAGGCCCUCCUCCUCCUGCUGCUGGCAACAUGGGCUACCCCUAUCCAACAGCCGCUGCAGGAAUGUACCCAUCUGGUUUGGACUACAUGGCACCUCCACCCCCCUACCCUGGGCCACCCCCAAAUUGGGCUGCACCCCCUCAGAACUGGACUGCACCACCUCCUCCCCCAGGCAACUCAAAGGCGGCUGAAGCAGCAGGAAGUGCAUAUUAUAAUCCCAACAAUCCACACAAUGUCUACAUGCCCAUGGAAAGGCCUCCACCUUAUGCACCUUUUCCAAACUCUCCAGAGAAGAAGAACAACUGAUACCCAGGCACCAUCACUUCAGUGACACUCCUCU